CAGCCCUCCAACAAGCUGCAAAACGAUCACAAUCUGGCGGAAUGGCCGUCAAGCUAGAGGAUCUCGGGUCGAAACCACUGUAUCAAAACGGCGUUCACACCAACGGAGCACUCGACGAUGAACCGUCUGUCGAGCAGCUGGAACACGAGCUCCCUGUCGUGUACGACGGACAAAUUCCCUUGGGCGAGCUCUUGUCGCGUGUUGUUCAGGCCAUAUACGCGGAACUUUCUGAGAUGGCAGAGACGAUGCCAAGUUCGUCAGACAACGAACGGAAGCGUACGCUCGCCGAGUUUGUUGUCCGGCACAAGAAGCAGGUCGCGAAACUGUACGCGUUGGCGAAGUGGGCACGGGAUGCAGAUACGGUGCAGAAGUGCAUGAACAUCACCGCGUUCCUCAUGGAUCAGAAUCGACAGUUCGAGGAUGCCGUGCACGGUCUGACUUGGGCAAAGGAGAGCCUUGACUCUGCCAGACUUCGAAAUCACGAUAUACUUACAUCUCUGGACGUUCUGACCACCGGAAGCUAUCAGCGUCUACCUACUGCCAUCAAGAAAUUCAUCAUCCCUGAACCACCAUUGACGGAUGCUCAAGUAGCCAAGACACUGUCCGACAUCGAGGAUGUCAUUCGCUAUCGUCUACGUAUGUCGGAAGUUAUCCCGCCGGAUAUGUGGAAAUACCGCAUAGCGGAUGGACGCGUAUUCUUUACCGUUCCUGGGCGUUUUGAAUCGUCUCUAUGUUUGGAAGGUGCGAUGCAGGACGAUCGGUGGUUCUUCGUGCAUGCGGAAUUCUUGUUCGGUAUCGGUGGAGACGUCACGGGCAUACAAGAUUUUCCCCGGGAACCGACCGGUAUCAUGAAGCGACAUUUGACCGACGAAGCGAACUCGCGAUUAACCUUCUACAGUCUGCCGCCGGUUGGUUAUACUCCGGAAGGAGUAGAACUUCCUCCUACUCCCGAAUUACCACCAGGAACUGUUGAUGCCCCUUUGGUCCGGCUGUUCAACUUCCUUCAGAUGAUGUCGAUGUCGUAUCAGUUGGAAAUUCUAUGGUUCCAGGCAGAAAGAAUACGCGCUUUAGGCUGGGCUGAAUUCCUUAAGGUGGACAUGAAUCACGAUCGGAAAGGAUUCAAAGCUUCUUACUGGAUACGAAAGUCGCCACAGGUCCCACCUGGGCGAGCAGCUCGGAAUAAACUACCGUUGCUCGGUGGAACACUAAGCAUUGACAUAGUUGAAACAACCGCGACAGAGGGGGCUAGGUGGUCGCCUGAAGUUCGAGUUCUUAAUGAGUUGGCCGAGACCUCGAAACUUGGCGGCCUGCAUCCUUCUGAUCAAGUGGAGAAUCUACAAUUCCGUGUGAUGUGGGAACCUAUGAAAGGGGCGCUUGCCGCGGUAGUAAGCCCUGAAGAACUCGCGGUAUCUGAGGAAGACCUUGCAAUAAAAUCGGAUCACCUGGAUUUCGAAGCCUUGCUUCGCAAAGUAAUCAGGAAACAUACGGAUGGCGUUUUGCGGUUUUAUCAGAACCAGUUGCAAUACGGCCAUACGGUGUACUCGCCCUUAGGCGUCGUAAACUUCGUCGAAGAUGAUGGCAUCCCUGCCCUUCAUGUGCAUAUGUGCGUGGACGAGGUGGUGAUAAUCACUAUCGACCCGCGUACUGGUCGGCUUAACAUGCGCGACACCGGCGACCUUGCGGCUGCGGGACGUGGUCCAAGAUUCACGGCCAUUACUGCAAGACUCAAUGAGAACCCGGAGGUUCUAUACGAUGCCUUGUCCAGGUUGCGCCUUCAGACGAUCGUCGAACUAGCAGAGCAGAAGGCCAACUAUCUCGGUUUGCAGAGUUUCCGCGUCCGCAACUUCCCGAAAGAAGAAAUUGCCAAACUUGGACCUGCCACUCGUGGAGUGCUAUAUAUACAACUCGCUGGCUCGUUGAACCAUUAUCUCGUCAUCGUCAUCACGGACUACGAGUUCCGCUUUGCCCUCAUUCAGGUUAUGGUCAUGGCGGAUACGAUGUAUCGCAAUCUAGUCAUAGUCGAUAUCGGCUGGCUCGACGUGAAACAGACGGCCGAAGGGGAGGUUCAAAUCGACGUGGUCGACUCCCCUGAACUUCUCAAUGCUCAGGCCCAGAUGCCACGAACCGAUCCUGGUCCUUCUACACCGAGAUCUCGAGCCCGGUUUGAUUUGGAAACUUCUCUUCUUCGGGAGCUCCACGCGUUCUGCUGUGCCCGUGUCGCUUAUUUCACCGUCGAAAAGCAGUUCAAGACCCGCUUGAUACCCUUCAGGAAGGUCAGAGUAAACCCCAAACAAGUUCCUGGUCCCGACUUUGUACAUCAUGCACAUUCCACCCUCGCACAUUCCGUCGAGGCGCUUUGUGUCCAGGCAUCCGAUAUACUGUCGGGAGCGCCAGCGGUAGAGGCCGCGAUGCCCAACAUCCGAGUGGUGCCAAUCAACUGGUGGUCUGGACAGAAGACGCAGGUGGUGACGUGCGUUAAGCUCAAGUAUGUCCAACAACCAGUCGGUAAAUCGGCCGGAACGAGUACCGUCAUACGCCUCUCGAAACGCAUUAUCUACGACACGGCACAGGCGGUGGUUUCCUUCCUGUCCAAUGAUGUUGACAAAUGCGUGGAUGAGUUCGUGCAAGAGUGGGCAAGAGUUUCGAAAAUGGUCGUUAUUGCCCGUGAAGUAGCUCAAAUGUCCACCAAGAACAUGUGGGAUGAUGUUCGCCUACUCUCGUUUGAUUUACAGAAUGUCGAGUUUACAUAUGCAGGGAACUACAGCCUGUCCAUCACAUGCACCGACCAGCUCGCGCCGCAAGGCGGAUCGUACAGAAUCCGAUUUUCGCGGUCUAUCGCUGGGCACGACGGCCAAAAUCCGCAUGAAGCCGUGGAACCUUUCAUGUGUCAGAUCCUGCAACAUGGGAAGCUAGGACCCUCAUUGCAUCGCUUGGUUCGGCUCCUUCGGGAAACGCUACCCAUGGCGAUCUUGAUGGAGGAGAUAAAACAGAUGGCGGCGGAGGCACACGUGGUCAUCGACGUGUUUCCCAAGGCCGCUGCCUGGUAUCGGAUACUCUACGGCGAUUUCAGACACGCUCUCGAUUUCAGGUUGCUACGCGGUCAGAGGGUCGUCGUUCUCGACGGAUCACAUUCCCUGUUUACUCACGCGUCCGAGGCCAAGGUUCCGCCAGAUGGGAAACUCGGUCUACGCGCUAUACCCAGCUUCAAGCAAAACACCCUAGACACCGUCAAAGAGGUUGCUGCCGACUUGUCCGCCCCACCGGUACCCUUAGACAUCGGAAUCCUCUGCGAAACAUCUGUGGUUGGAGCAAUCGGGAGGGCGCUGCAUAAGAGGGUGUUGCAGAUCUUCAAGGAUGCCAAAUCAACAGGAUAAAUCAUUGACUGGCUGCAAUCCGGCCUCGUUGCCUCUUAGUGUGGAUAUGACGCACAUGAUUCCAUACCUCGUGCCUCCCGCAUCAUCACCACUACAAUAUCAAGAACCUCAAGCACAUGAUUCAUCCCACGUAGUACCUACCAGACGCAAACGUGGAUCGUGCUGCAUGCC